UUCGAGGCCCAACUCUAGUGUUAACUAUACUUGAUUUGUUGCAGCAAAAAACGGAAAAAUCAAAACACACUUUAUUUAUAAACAAAAGGAUGGUUAAUUGUAAAAAACUAAAAACUAUGAGCCAUUCCGAGGAUGUAUAGGGGCAAAUAAAAGCGAUUUUAGAUAGGGCAAACAAACCGCAUAUUUUUAAAUAAUUUUCAUUUUUCCUUACUUUAGAGCGAAUAUUUUAAAAUUUUGUUGAGAGAAAUGCUCAAAACUGUGAUUAUAAUCUUUCUAUUAAUCAAAACAUGUUCAACCACUCGUGUGUGGACUUGGGAUGAUUAUCCAUCUGGUGCAGGGGGAUGUCGUGUCUCAAAAACAAAGUACCAUCUUUGUGAUCCUGAUCAGACGUCUGAUCCUGAUGGCAUGUUUAAGGAUGAAUCGAGGGAAAUACUUGUUGAAGUGCUUGAGGGUUUUAAGAAAAAAACAAAAAGGCCAGAUUCAAUAGUUCCUUGUAUGAGAGAUGGACUUAGACUUGUUGUGGCUAUAGCAAAAAAUAAAAUUAAUGAUAAUUCUUCCUCUGGACAAACUAAUUUGUGCAAAAGUUGGAAGUCCUCAGAUAAAACAAUAUGCGACUCAGAUCUACAUGGUAUUGAAAUAAAUACAAACGGUUUCAGUCAUUGCUAUUCAGCAUCACGUUGGUUAAUGCCUCUUCAUAAAAAAAUUUAUGAAAGUCUUAUGCCAGAUGGACAGGGUCAUCUGUUUGAUCUGCCAGAAUAUAUUAAAAAAUUGAGCGAUUUGUAUAAUAGCCGAUUCUCAAUAUUCGAUAAUCACGUUUCGAAUGAAACUAACAUAAAACUCCAACAAUCCUUGCAAGAUACUAAGACAACGUUAACAGAAAUGGAACAACAAAACAAAACAUUAUCUGAAUUCACUGCAGAUAUGGAGGAUAAUAAGAAAACACUCUCAGAUAUGCACCUUUCCUUGCAAGAUACUAAAAAAACAUUAUCAGAAAUGCGUGAUCAACAAAACAAAACAUUAUCUGAAUUCACUGAAAAUAUGGAGGAGAAUAAGAAAACACUCACAGAAAUGAGGCAAUCACUUGAUCAACAGAACAAAACAUUAGUGGAGACUAACAAAAAAUUAUCGGAACUUAAACAAUUAUUAUCACAACCCCAAAUGCUUGUUGAAAAGAAUACAACUAAGCCUUUAGAAUAUAUUGGCCUAUUUUCUAAUAAUUUGUGA